UCUCUCUCUCUCUCUCUCUCUCUCUCUCUCUCUCUCUCUCUCUCUCUCUCCAUCCUGAGCUGCUGCACCGCUGUCGGUUACUCUUUUGCCUCACGCUUGUUUUAAACGUCCAGUGUUUCUCAAAUGCUGCUCACCGAACUGAACCGCCGGAUUUCUCCUUGAGCAUGAGAGGAACCGAUAACCCGUCCGAAAGCCUGAACCAGAGCCCGAGAGCGCAGCAUGAGCCCCGCAGCCGGACCCGGAGCCUCAGCACAACUUUAAAAGCCCGACACACGGGAGAAUCCGAUUCAGGUCUCCUGAGAAUGGAGCAAGAAUGAGCAGCGAGCGGUCGACAGUGAAGCAUGAACUGGAGACUCAUUGAAGUCACUUACUUCCUGCUUAUAUGGGAACAUAUAACAGUUCAGUCUUCCCGCAAAGAGCCCUCGGCCAAUGAGCAGCAUGUUACUAGGCAGUUUGAUUGGCUCAUCUCUGACCGUGGGCCUUUCCACCACUCGAAGGGGUAUCUCUCCUUCAUGGAACGAUUCCGACAAGGAUUUACCACCCGAUAUAAAAUCUAUAGGGAGUUUGCACGUUGGAAGGUGAGGAAUACAGCCAUCGAGAGACGGGAUCUGAUUCGGAAUCCACUGCCACUGAUGCCGGAGUUCCAGCGCAGUAUGCGGAUGCUGGGGCGCCGGCCAUCCACGCAACAGUUCAUCGAAACCGUCAUCAAGAAAUAUGGAACGCACAUCCUCAUAUCUGCCACACUGGGAGGUGAGGAAGCACUCACCAUGUACAUGGCCAAGAACAAGCUGGACCGGAAGAUGGUGAACGCCACCCAAGGAGUCGAGGCUCUGCACCAGCUCGCCUCAUCGUACUUCAUCGACCGCGAUGGCACCAUGCGCAAACUCCACGAGAUCCAGAUCUCCAGCAAUGCCAUCAAGGUGACGGAGACUCGGACAGGUCCGCUCGGCUGCAGUACGUAUGAUAAUCUGGACUCGGUCAGCUCAGUUCUGCUCCAGAGCCCAGAAAGCAAGCUCCAUUUGCAAGGUUUGCAGGUAAUUUUUCCAGAGUACCUGCAGGAGAAGUUUGUCCAGUCUGCGCUCAGCUACAUCAUGUGUAACGGCGAGGGUGAAUACGUCUGCCGCAGCAGUCAGUGCAUCUGUCAGUGUGCUGACGAGUUUCCACAAUGCAACUGUCCCACGACUGACCUACAGAUCAUGGAGAAUACACUCAUCGGCAUGGCAGAGAAUUGGGAAGUGUCGUACAAUGACUUUGAGAGCUCAGAUGAGUUCAAGUCAUUUCUCAAGCGUCUGCCUGCUACUCAUUUCCUGCCGGUGAGCAGUGUUCAUCUGCUGUGGGGCAGUGACUGGGAUCUUCAGAACCGCUAUCGGCUCCUGCAGAGUUCACUGGAGGUCCAGAGAUUGAAGAUCCAGCGUACGGCCCGCAAACUCUUUGGUCUGAGCAUUCGCUGUCACCACAACCCUAACCAUCAGACGCCCAGAGAGAGAUCGGUGCUCCAGUGGCUUAACCGGGUGCAGUCGUUCCUCUACUGCAAUGAGAACGGUUUCUGGGGCACCUUCCUGGAGAGUCAACGCACCUGCGUGUGCCACACUGGGGCCACCCUUUGCCAGCGGCCGAUCCCUUGCGUGAUCGGCGGAAACAACAGCUGCGCCAUGUGCAGCCUGGCCAACAUCUCCCAGUGCGGCUCCUGCAACAAGGGCUACAAGCUGUACCGCGGCCGCUGUGAGCCACAGAAUGUGGACUCAGAGCGCAGCGAACAGUUCAUCAGCUUCGAGACGGACCUGGACUUCCAGGACCUGGAGCUCAAGUACCUGCUGCAGAAGAUGGACUCGCGGCUGCACAUCCACACAACCUUCAUCAGCAACGAGGUCCGCCUGGAGACCUUCUUCGAUCCCCGGUGGCGCAAGCGGAUGUCCCUGACACUCAAGAGCAACAAGAACCGCAUGGACUACCUGCACAUGAUCGUGGGCUUGUCCAUGAAGAUCUGCCAGAUGCGCAACAGCAGCGUGGACCCCAUGUUCUUUGUGUAUGUGAACCCAUUCAGCGGGAGUCACUCCGAGGGCUGGAGCAUGCCGUUCGGCGAGCACGGAUACCCGCGCUGGGAGAAAGUGCGCCUCCAGAACUCGCAGUGCUUUAACUGGACCUUGUUGUUGGGGAACCGCUGGAAGACCUUCUUUGAGACUGUGCACAUCUACCUACGAAGCCGCGCCAAGGUGCCCACCGGCCUGCGGAAUGAUUCAGGCCAGGGCCCGGUGGACUUGUCCGACCCCAAUAAGAGGCAAAUCUACAUUAAGAUCUCGGACAUACAAGUGUUCGGAUACAGCUUGCGAUUCAAUGCCGAUUUGUUGAGGAGUGCCGUGCAGCAGGUAAAUCAGUCAUACACGCAGGGGAACCAGUUCUACUCAUCCUCGUCCAUCAUGCUCUUGCUGUUGGACAUCCGCGAGAGAAUCAACCGUCUGGCCCCUCCGGUGGCCCCAGGGAAACCCCAACUGGACCUGUUUUCCUGUAUGCUGAAACAUCGGCUCAAGCUGAAUAAUAGUGAGAUGAUUCGAGUGAAUCACGCCUUGGACAUGUACAACACAGAAAUCUUGAAACAAUCAGACCACCUGACUGCCAAACUUUGCUGAAAAAUACAGUUUGAGAGAAGAAAACGUUCUAUCAAAUAAACAGUUUGAAGAGAAAGUCUUUUUAUUUUCCUCUUUUGAUUUGGAACCUUUUUGUUUGCUUUUUGAUGUAAUAUUAACAACUUUGUAAGUGUAAUUGUUGAACAGAAACUAAAAAUACAGAUAAAUCGUUUUAGUUCACUAAAGAUGAUAAAUGAAAAAAAAAAAAAAAAAAUGACUGUAUCAUAUUUGUCAAAGCAUGUCUGUCAUUUCCUAAAAGAAAAUUAUGAGAACAGACCCAUAAAAAAAACACCCAUUAAAUUCAACAUCCCGUGACACAGAGGCCUUGAUUUUACUUUGAGGGAACAAAGGUACAUUUUAAACUGCCAUUCUUUACUGGUUAACAUGUUUUUAAAGAUAUAACAAAAAUGACAUUACGGUAGAACCAAAAUCUGUAACCUGAAUAGACCGAAUUGACCCAAAAUUAUUUAGUCCACAACCACAGAUCUGAAACCUCCAUUUCCAGUUUCUUAAAGUCUUUGUUUUCUGAAGUAUGCAGUUAUAAAGAGUGUUUUCGAAAGUCUCUGUUUUUGGAAAACGCUGGUCUAACGGAAAUUGAUUAAGUGGACGUGGCCUUACUCAUCUUCAAAACCGCAUGACUUUCUUGUGUGGAACACAAAAGUUGAAUAUUUAUAGUCAUCUUAAGUCAUACGAUAGCUUUGUGCGAGGAAAAGAGCACAAUUUAACUCAUUAAAGGAAUAGUCCAGGUUCAAUCCAAGUUAAGCUCAAUCGACAGCAUUUGUGGCAUAAUGUUGAUUACCACAAAAAUACAUUUUGACUUGUCCCUCCUUUUCUUUUAAAAAAGCAAAAGUCAAGGUUACAGUGAGACACUUACAAUGGAACUGAAGGGGGGCCAAUUUUUUAUCGUUAAAAUACUCCACAAGGUGUAAACAAUAUGCGUAUUAACAUGAUUUUUGUGGGAUAAAAUCACUUACUGGUCUUGUGUAAAGUUAUAACCAAUUUUACAACUUUGUUGCCAUGAUGAUGCAAUGUCAACAAAUCCUAAAAUGACUGUAAAAAUGACCAUUUGAAACAACUUUACAGCUCAAAUAAUACAUGAGUUUUAACAGAAGAAUUAAUGCAAGUGCUUUUAUAAAAUUAUAAGCUUCACAUUUCUGACUUUAAACCUUCCAAAAAAUGACCCCAUUGACUUCCAUUGUAAGUGCCUCACUGGAACCUCCAUUUUCCUUUUCUUUUUUUUUUUUUUCUUUUUUAAAGAAAAGGAUAGACAAGUCAAAAUAAAUUUUUGUUAAUAAAGAAUAAAUAUUCCUUUAAGCUAAAUCGACAGCAUUUGUGGCAUAAUGUUGAUUACUUAAAAAAUAAGUAACCCUUUUCUUUAUAAAAAGCAAAAAUGUGGGUUACAGUAAGGCACUUACAAUGGAAGUCAAUGGGGGCAAUCCGUAAACAUUAAAAUACUCACUGUUUCAAAAGUAUAGACACAAGACAUAAACAAUAUGUGUGUUAACAUGAUUUUAGUGUGAUUAAAUCACUUACCUUUUUUGUGUAAAGUUAUAGCCAAUUUUAUAGGACGUUGCCAGGACGACGUACUGUAAUGGCGUAAACCCUAAAAAGACCAUACGAUUACCAUUUAAACAACUUUGCUGUUCAAAUAAUACACAAGUUUUAAUUGGGGAAAAACAAAAAUUUUCUCCAUUGACUUCCAUUGUAAGUGUCUCACUGUAACCCAGAUUUAGCUUUUUUUAAAAGAAAAGGAUGGACAAGUCGAAAUUACUUUUUGUAGGAAUCAAAAUUAUGCCACAAAUGUUUAAAACCCAAAAAUACUGACUAUUGAACCCGACAUAUUCCUUUAAAACUACAAAAGUCGUAUGCACUACUUUUAUGGUUCUUUUCUUUUUUUUUUUUCUUUUUUUUUUCUCUCUCGAGCUUGACACCCUCAGUCCCUAUGCACUUUCUUUAGAUGGCAAAAAGCAGCCAGGAUGUUCUUCAAAAACCUACCUUUAGCAUUCCACAGAAGACAAAGUCAUACACGUUUCCCACGAAAUGAAGAUGAGUAAAUGGAGCCAAUAUUUUCAUUUUCAGGUGAACUAAUAUGAGACACCUUCUGAAACACAAUGCAACAUCAUACAUAUUAAAGACGAGGGUUAUACAGUGUAAGUGUUCAUGUACUGUACAGUCUUGUCGUUUCAUACGACCGUUAACAUGCCUCUGGAGAGCUUGGUAGUGAUUUCAGUACAGAAGUCCUUUUUAGUCUCCGGGACAAUCCACUGUUUUUAGCUGGAUGUCCAAUUUUCUUCAUGCCAUUUUCCAGGCAAAUUAAAUUCUGCUUGGCCUCCCUCUGUUGUAUUUUCACAUUUGCGACCUUCUGCAGCGAGGUCGAGUAGCUUUGGUGCCCGAGUGCAGUAUCUAUGGUUAAACAUAAUCGAUUCAUGCUAUUUCGUACAGCUUCACACAAUGUACAUGUAAUUGCUGCUGUGUCAAGCUUUUUUGUGGCAUUUUUUAAUCAUUUAACAGUACUCAUGACUUCAAGGGUCAACAAAAAGCCAUACAUUUCUCAGAGGGAUGAUACAUAAAAAAAGAAAAGAAAAGAGGCCGGGCAAUUUUUGUGCGAAAUGUCCAAUGAAGUGCUUUUGUAUUUUUGUUUAUCAGGCUUUUUUCUAUGAAAUAUAGCACAGUGGUCUGUCAAAUGAAAUAUGUACUGCAAGAUUACAGCAUGACAUUGUAAAGCCAUUGCAUUUUCAUUAACAAGAGUGAAUCCACAAGAACAAUAUAUUAAAGCUUCAAAUAU